CAAUAAUUAGUCUUAAUCUUAAGUAGUACUCAUAUAUUGUCUUUUGCAAAGCGCGCUCUCUUUCUCUCUCUCCAAUUCAAAAAUCACUAACUUUCUCAAUUACAUCUCGUUUCUUCACAACCCUAAUCUACCCUCUUCUUUAGUUCGAUUCCACCAUUAAUUUGCUUACUACCCAAAUUAAACGAACUCAAUCUUGAUUGAUAUUUUCUUCCUUUUUCAUGAUUGUCAUUUGAGGGUUACUCCUGCAAGCCUUGACUUUGCACUGGGUUCGAUUACUUUUCCAAUUUUAGUUCAAGGCUUCAUCUGGGUGUUGGUAAAGAAUUCAACUUUAAUUGUGUUCUUUUUUAGAUUAUGAAGAACCAAGACGAUUUAGGUUUACCCGGAUCUGAUUCUAAGGCGGUUAAAGGGAAGCGAAUUUGUUAUGAAUUGGGUCAGAAACAAGAAAGUGCUUCUAAGCGGAUUAAAAUUAGAGAUCUUGAUUCUGUUUUGAAGUCUCAAGAAACGAGCACCCAUCAUGUAAAAGUCAGACAAGCUUGUGACCAAUUUCAGUUGGGUGAAAAAAUAGCACAAAUUACCAACGUUCCUAUAACCGUGGACAUGGCUGCUUCUCAACUAGAAGCAAGUGGGAGGACCGUGUUAGCGGUUGAGGUCAAUCCUAGCAAUAGGUCGCUGGAUCUCAAUAGUGAAGCUUGUAUUGCUACUAUUUCAUCUGGUGAUGGUAGUUCAGAACGCACUGAGAACUGUGACAAAGUUCCCUCGCUCAUUAAGCGUGGUAGAAAACCUGACGAGAAAUGUGUGCCGUCUGGGGGGAUUGAAUUGGAUCUAAAUGAAGAAGAUGUUACUAGCUCUGUGAACCAGGAUUUUCCAUUUACUGGCAAAAAUCUUGACCAGUUGAAGUUGAAAAGGGACCUUUCUGAAUGUGGUAGUACAACAGGUCCACUGGAGGUGAAAGAUCCUUUGGAACUUUGGACAGAGAUGAAGCAAAAUGGUUUUCUCUCAUCUUCUCAUGGGGGCAUUUCGUUUCAAACUGGUCUAUUCUCAUCUUCACAUGGAGGGAUACCAAUGCCAAAACAACGUGGAAGGAAAAGCAGAAAUGAUGUUCUUAAGAAAAAGAUGGAGAUUGCAAAACAAGAACAAGUUGAUAGAUUCACAAAAAUUGCUGCACCGAGUGGACUUUUAAAUGGAUUGAACCCUGGAAUUAUAAAUCAUGUAAGGAACAAAAAGCAAGUUCAUUCGAUUAUAGAGGCCUUAGUUAGGUCUGAAAAGGAUCAGAACACUCAUGUUGAAACCAAACAAGAAAGCCGUUUGAAAACUGAAACACAAGAAAUGAGAAAUAUGAUUGAUUCUGGAUUACAUCGACUCGGUGUUUCUCAAGGAAGUGGGUGUUCAGCUAUUUUAUCUGGGAGCAAGCAAAUUGGAGGGUAUAGUUUAAUAAGCGGAGAGGGUGACUUCAGCAUGAUAGACAAGAUGUAUGGUAGAAAUUCUAUCUCACACUCUACUGCUGUCAUCGAUGGUGAUAUUUCAGCACUGAAGUUAUCAACAUCAACCAACGCACUAGAGGAGUUUAGCAUUGUUCCUAACGAGGAUUCAACAAAUGGAAAUAGCAUUUCUUCUCUUUCAGUGAGAGCCGCUAGUGUUGCUUCUCAAUGGCUAGAACUUCUUCAUCAAGACAUUAAAGGACGCCUCUCAGCCUUGCGGCGGAGUAAAAAGAGAGUCCGAGCUGUAAUCACAACAGAAUUGCCCUUCUUACUAUCAAAAGAAUUUCCAUCCAACCAAGAGAAUGAUCCCCAUAUUAUGACAAACUCAUCUGAAGGACUCUCUAAUAACACAAUAUCGGCCAUGCAUCAAGCAAGAUGGACCACAUUUUUUGAUCAGAUGGAUAAAGCACUCUCUGAAGAAGAGAAACAACUUGAAAGUUGGUUAAACCAAGUAAAAGAAAUGCAACUACAUUGUGAUCAGGGGCUGCAAAACUUCAAUUGGAAUGCGAUGUUUGGUUUUCAACAGCAUGAAACAUCAGAAACUUACACCAGAAUUGGGAAAGCAGACAAUGCCGAGAAGGAAUUGGCGGUUAGAGCAGCUGCAGCUUCCAUCUAUUCAACCUGCAGUCUAUUGAUUAAAAAGGAGAAUGUAUCUUGCUUUUGAUUUCCAUGUCAAAAUGAGUCCAUAAUAUUGCUGUGACCCUUCUUCAGUUCAUCUUAUUUUGAUGGAUCCCCCAAUUCUAAACCUUGAAAAGUCCUUGUGCAAUGUCCACUGAUCAGGUCCUUCCAUUUUACACAGCUUAGCAUUUGUAACAUUAGAAUUUUAGAUUUUUCAACUUUUUUCCUUAUUAAAAGUUUUUUCCAACAUCUCUAAAAGUGACAGACUGACUAAUUGCUAGAUCUGUAAGCAUAAUUUGAGUGGUGGGAGAAUCUGAGAAUUCAGAUUGUUUCAUGUAUUUCUUCCUUAUAAUUCAUUGAUUUACUGAUGGUAUUUAA